AUGAUGGCAAAAUCUGCUGAAACUAAAACCAAGAAGAUAAGACCAAAAAGUAAGCGAGCUAGUCGAUCUGCAAAGUGGAAGAAGCGCAAUAAGUAUCCUUCUAAGAGACUCAAUAAGAUUAAGAAAGCCAAGGUCGACUCACCCACUGAUUUUUGGACAAGUCAAUUAUCGCGAUCAGAUGGAAACAAGUCAAAUCAGUCUUCCAUGAUAACCAGUCAAGGGCCAUAUAACAACGUUUCCAGGGAUUACAGUAGGUCCACUCCAAUCCCAAGUAGAUGCGAACAGCCAGUGCAACAUUUCGAUUCCCAAAGCUAUGCUCCAUCAUCAUACGGUAAUCAGACUUGGUUACUUCCCUCUGACCUUAGUUCUCAAAGAUCAGUUAGUAGUUAUCAUAAUCAUCAUUUCAAGCCUCAAGAUAAUUCAUUAAACAGAACGUCAUCCUUUGUUCUAAAACCUGACCCUAUGAACCAAUUUACCACUAAUAGAGUCAGGAUCCAAACGUCUGAAGCGGAUGCUCUGUUUGGAGCCAUUUCGCCUGUUUAUAAGAUGCCAUAUUUAGAUAGGCAAGUGCUACCAAUAAGUAAAACAGGGAUAAACCAAAAUACAAAUUCAAGUUCGAAUUCCACUAAUAAACCACACGAGAGGAAGAUGCCGAAACUGGGAGAUAUCUUUUCUUCAAAGGACAACGAAACUUUAUUUGUAGAACAGUCAACUGAUAUGGAUUCUCAAGCAAGAUAUAAUGCCUUAGUGAAAUAUUUUGAGAAGGAAGGAUAUGCCGCAAAAGAGAAGUUCCUAGUCCUUGGCACCACUAUUAAAGACUUGGUCGACUCAGGUUGCUCUAUCCAGCAAAUGAAAGAUAUUCUUCAAUUUAAUACUGAUACCGAACAAAGUAUUUUCAAGAUUAUCCUCGACAAAGUGGCAGAUGAUUCUAAAGAAAUCACCGACAUAUCUGCAAAACAGGAGCGUGAUGAUGCUAUGGAAACCUUAAAAACUUCAAAAACGAUGAAUCCUGAAAUAAAAAAACUUGAAGAAAAGCAAGAACCUAGAGAUGACCCGCAUAAUGAUACGAACCAAGUUAAAGAACAAGAAAUACCUAUUCGUAGAGAGGUUUACUUAAUGAUUGGAUCUGGAUCCACUGUAAAACAAAUCAAAGAGAAACUUAACGUAGAUGACGAGUUCUUAAGAAACAUUUUCGAGGACUUUCUUCAUGGCCAAUCUGCUAACAAGAGCUCAACGGCAAAUUUCAUGACAGAUUCUGAGCAGAAGAAGAAAAGUCAUUCUCAUACUGAAGAAGUGAUUGUAAUCAACUCCGAUUCGGAGGAACUAGAAGACAUUGCAAGUGAUAUUGGUAGAAAUAAUGCGAUUGGCAACGAAAUCAACCGGGAAAUGAAAAACAACCCAAGAGAUAUGAAGAAUAAAACAAUUAAUGAAAUACCGAAAGCAACUAAAAAGGGGGAUUUUCAGCCCAACACCUCUAAGAACCAAGCACUAGCCAAUACGAACAAAAAUACUCACAUUUUGACUGCACGUGGAGAUAUCGAGGAUAUGAACCAGAAUUCUGAUCAACAUGUAGUUGCAAAACAACUUUUUGCUCUGGAACUUAAAAAAUUUAAACUGAGAACCAAAUUGGAGGUGGGGAAACUGCGGUCGUCGAUAAAGUCUCUAGGUAUGGAAGAAGCAUGGCAGGAUAGCUCUACAAAAUCGGAGAUGCUGAAGCUAAGGAAUGAAAUUGUUGACGACAUAAAUGAGUUUUUCUAUAAUAUUUAUCCAGAAGAAUAUACCCCAGCUAAACAGGAAAGGAUGAUGAAGCUCAAGAAACUGAAGAAGAUAUCGAAAAAGAAAACCCCACAAAACCUGCCUCCGACUAAUAUAGGGAAGACAUUACAAAAUACUAACCAAAUCAACCAAAAAUCAGCAAUACUUGAAAAAAUUACUAACAACAAUAAAUCUCCCAAGAACAAAAAUACAAAUAGUUCUUUAGAAUUUAUAGAUACAGUUAUACCAGAAUCAAAUAAUUCCACUAAGCAAUGGGAUGAUUCUGAAAGAAAAGAUGAUGCACUAGUGGACUAUAGUUUUGUCAAGAUGACCAAAGUAUGUUGUUUAUUCUUUUUUUUUUUUCCUAGCAAGCAAUUUCACUAA